CACUAUUUCAGGAGUCAGUAGAUAUUAUUUUUGAUUUGAUUAUUUUGAGCUCCGUAAAAAACAAGGUUUCAUUCUCUUCAACUUCAAAGGAUACGAAGGGUUGAAGACAAACCAGCUACUAAGAAAAAGAGCAGAGCAGAUCGAAAAUCCAUCCCAGAAAGGAAGACAUGAGUAACGAAUACGAUUAUCUGUUCAAACUGUUGCUGAUAGGAGACUCUUCCGUCGGCAAGUCUUGUCUUCUUCUCAGAUUCGCUGAUGAUUCAUAUGUUGACAGUUACAUCAGCACGAUUGGAGUUGAUUUUAAAAUUAGGACAGCAGAGCUUGACGAGAAGACAAUCAAGCUUCAAAUUUGGGAUACUGCUGGCCAGGAGCGUUUCCGAACUAUAACAAGCAGUUACUAUCGCGGAGCACAUGGGAUUAUCAUUGUCUAUGACGUAACUGAACGGGAAAGCUACGAGAAUGUCAAGCAAUGGCUAAAUGAAAUUGACAGAUACGCAAGUGAAAGUGUAUGCAAGCUCUUAGUCGGGAAUAAGUGUGAUAUGGUGGACAACAAGGUUGUGACAACAGAAGAAGCAAAGGCAUUUGCAAAUGAGCUGGGGAUUCCUUUCCUUGAGACCAGUGCAAAAGAUUCCAUCAAUGUAGAAGAGGCUUUCUUAACCAUGGCUGGCGAGAUUAAGAAAAAAAUGGGUAACCAGCCUGUUGGAAGCAAGAAGACAGCUACUGUUCCAAUCAGGGGACAGCCAAUUGAGCAGAAAAGCAACUGCUGUGGUUAAUGCCCCCCUCCCCCCUCCCCAAGAAGUCAGCUACUGUUCAAAAUCUCUUCUCCACUCUUGUAACUAUGUGAUAGACAAUUAACGUCAUUUGUUUUCUUUUACGUGCUUUUAGUGAAUAUCAGUUUCCCUUAAUGCUUUAUAGCUCGGACCCAAUGACUUGGCUAAUUGGUGGCUGUCACAGUUAAAAUUAUGUAGGCUAAUUGAUUAGCUUGGCAGUGGGGCAAAAAUGCAAAAUCAGUUCUCAGUUU